AUGGGGCAGCCUGGAAAAGGUGACCAAAAGGACAUGCGAGAAAUAAGGAUGACCAAGGAAGGCGGCCAGGAGGUCCCUUUUACCAUGGGAGCCAUCAAAUGUCUAUUAGUGGACCUGUUUAGUGCUGGGAGCGAGACGUCGGCGACGACUCUCAUCUGGGCCAUGUCGGAGUUGCUGAGGAACCCAGCCACCAUGGCAAAAGCACAAGACGAAGUACGUAACAACCUACAAGGGAAGCCAAGCGUAACCGAGGACGACCUGGCUGACCUCAAAUACAUGAGGCUGGUCAUCAAGGAGACGCUUAGGCUGCAUCCGUCGGUGCCCCUGCUGCUGCCGCGUGAGCCCACCGAGGCGUGCAAGGUCCUCGGCUACGACGUGCCGACCGGCACCACCGUGUUUGUGAACACGUGGGCAAUCUGCCGAGACCCCAAGCACUGGAAUGCCCUGGAGGAGUUUAGGCUGGAGCGGUUCGAGUCCGGCAAAGUAGACUUCAAGGGAACCAACUUUGAAUACACACCGUUUGGGGCAGGCCGGAGGAUAUGUCCGGGGAUGCUGUUCGCACAGUCUAGCAUGGAGCUGGCCCUUGCCGCCCUCCUCUACCACUUUGACUGGGAGCUUCCUACCGGAGGGGAGUUGGACAUGGAGGAGGAGAUGGGCAUCGCCGUCGGUCGGAAGAAUGACCUAUACCUGCAUGCUGAAGUCUGUGUGCCUCUUAAUUAG